UUGGUGGUUCGGGUUUGCUAUUCCAACCGGCUGUCCUUCAGAAAGACACAACGUUCCUCUCUGUCAAGUCUAUCAGCAGUUUGUGUACCGAAGUUAGUAUGUCAUAACUUUCGAACUCCUUUAGCUUACGAAUAUUUAUCGGAGCUCGUUUCGUCAGAGAAGAGGAUAUAGAACGUAGAAAAAAGUAUGUUCUGAGUGAGUGUCCCAAACAACAUCUGCGGCCUAGUAGCUACGAGCUAGAUAGCAAACUUGACAUUUAGUUGACUUAGUUCUGGGAAAAUCGUAUCUGAUGAUCCAACCUGUCCACUGCUGGUAAGUGUCCACAUGAGUCCACAACAUCACAAUGACCUUUCAAGAUGGAGAGGGAGCUGGAGGAUUUAACCUUUCGCCCCACCUGCACACCGAUGUCUGCAAUGUGCUCAUAAACCGCCUGAAGCAGUGCCACACAGAGCACAAUUUCUUGAAGUUCUUCGGAACGUGCAACGACUUCGACCGCGCCAUGCGUCACUGCCUGCACAAUGAGAGGCUGGAAAAGCGCGAGCACAACAAACAGCAUGCACAAGCCAUGAGAAAGAGGCUGAAAGAAGCAUCCAAGGAGCAGCUCUCAUAGACAUUUUAUCGGCAACCUUCAUCCAGGUGCGCUGUUGUGCUCAAAUAUGCAGAUGGAACACAGAACUAAUCACAUUCUAUUAUUUUGGGGAUUUAGCCUUAAAGAAAAUUGGUCACUGUGUUACAGAGGCUAGCCUUAACACAAUAUACAGGAAAUAUAUUAUAAGGGUUUGUUUGCAACCUUUUGCUCUUAUUAUAUUUUUGGUUUGCAAAAUGUAACUUUGAGCAAGUUGCAAACAACCUCUUUAAUUAUUGGUGAUAGUUGAGAGACACACAGCCAAAGCUAAUGUGUGCCACAGAUGAUGGCCUACUCUUACAUUAACUCAACAAUCAUAAGAUUAUAUCUCAUCUGUACACAUUUAAACAUGCAUCAAGACUUUUGUUUUUAGGCUACUAAAUUAAUCUCACAACAUGAGAUGCAAUACAAUAGCUGUAAGCAAAUAUUCUGCCUCUACAAAGUUUGGAUUGAUACAAUAUGUUUAUUAUUGUGGUUGUAGUUUGCAGUGGGAUUAAAACAGUGGAUGUAUUUCAAACAUGGAUUGAAAUCAGGAUUACAAAAAGCAGGGCUCUUUAAUGAGUGGAUGGGGAAUCAUAUUGAUUUGUUUCAUUAUUUUAAAAUAAAGUGUGUUACAUUAACUA